GUUUGGCAGGGGCCUGGGUUCCAAUCACCUGCAGGCAUUUGGACGAGCGGCAAUCACUUGCCUUCAGUCCGCCAAACUUUAAUAUGGGAGCAGCAGCAGCUCCAACCCGGAGGGCAAUGAACACUUAGCUGCCCCACAGCCCUAAGAAGAGGUUCAACUAUACGCACGAUGACGGCAACAAAACCUGUCAACUGUAAUAAAUACCACACGGGGGAGGGGGUGGAGGCCCCUAGCCCUGUUACGGGAAUUAGGGACCUUCCCCUCCUCGUAGCGGUAGAAGGACUCAUUCUCUGCCCCCAAACCCCUUGCAUCCCACCCCCACCAGCAACGUCCUCCCCGUUUUCCAGCCCACCCCGCCGUCCUCAACCUGUCCCCCUCGCCCCAGUUUUCAUCUUUCGCUCUUUCCCAGGCCUACAGACAGCCUCAUGGAUUGGGGUAGGGUGUUCUUGCUCCCCCCCCCCCACAACCGAGGAGGGGAGGGCGCUGGCGGGGUGGGGGUGGGGGGUUGAGGUUUGGGGGAGAAACUCACGCGUUGCCCACGUGGAUCCGGGGCGCCACCUCGUUGCUGUGCGCGCUGGGGAGGCUGUAGCAGCCGCUGCCGUUGGCCAGCAGGUCGUUGAGCUCUUCCACCGAAAUCUGGAACUCUGACAUGGCUCGCUCGCCCCGCCGCUAUGGGCAGGGCUGCCUCCCCGCUCCUUUCCCCGGGCCCGGCCUGAUAGGAGGGGCCGCGAUCAGCUGGUGCGCGCCGGGCAACUCCCAGCACCAGGCCGGGAGGAAGCGGACGAGUUCGUGCGCCCUGGGCGCAGCGCCAGGAAAGCGCGGCCGCCCCGAGGACCCGUUUCCACCCGCCACCUCCCUCCCUUAGGCCAUCGAGAGCGCGCACAGUUGCUCCAUUCGGGAGUCACCGAUUUGCACCGCAAUCACACACACGGGCCAAAAUAGCUUUCCUCCCGUUUUUGUUUUUUACUCCGGAUCCGUUAAAUCUUGGUGUUUAUGGUUUAAAGCUACAGGUGCCCUCCUGAAUUCGAGGUGUGCGGGACAGGGAUGGGUUCUAUCUCUCUCGGCGGGAGCGAAAAAACCCCAACUGUUCCGCCUUGAGACAGCUUCUCAUGCUCCGGAGGCGACUUGGGCCUCCUGCUGGCCCGGCUCCGAAUCAAAGCUUAGCUAUAUGACGACCUUCCCCUGCUCCGGAUCUCUUUUGUGCGGGUAAGGUGGGGGAAAUCCCGCUUUUGAGCCCCUUCUCUGUGCCAACGCGUGGCUGUUAGUCCCAAGAGAACCCUUUCAAAGUGUACCUUGCCUUCUCGAUUUCUAUAGGAGCAAUCAAUACGAAAUUCAGCCUGGUUUUUUACCCACCGUGGAAGCCAGCCAAUUGAUCUCAGUGAGAGUUGCUGCUUCCUGGUUUAAAAUACGUUUAGGGUCUCAGCUUGAAGAUGGGAUCCUGUGCACUCAUACGUGGGUGCAAAUCCUGUAGGAAUCAGUGCUAUUUCCGCGAAAACGCCUUCUGGUGCCUAAAAAAAAAAUCAGGCACAACACUUCUUAAACCCCCUAUAGCGGGGUUGGGGAACCUGUGGCCUUACCGAUGCUGUUGGACUCCAACUCCCAUCAGCCUCCGCCAGCAACGUGGCCAAUUGUCAGGGGAUGAUGGGAGUUGCAGUCCAGCAAUAUCUAGAGGUCCACAGGUCUGGGCACACUGCGCUCUACGUAGCAGGGCAGACUUCACAGAUAUAUUUGCAGGUUAAACCGUGAUGCUGAAAGUGAGGUUGGGGACUGAGUCAAGUAUCUGCCUUCAAGCAGAAGAAGGAGAACAUUGCCAAAUUGUUGUUCCACCUUUUGCAAGUGCAGGUUUGCUGAGGCUCGUAGAAUUGUAGAGUUGGAAGGGACCCUGUGAAUCUUCUAGUGCGACCCCCUGUAAUGCAGGAAUAUGCUGAUGUCCUUUAUGGGGAUCAAACCUGCAACUUUGGCAUUAUCAGCACCACGCUCUAACCCAGUGGUCAGCAAACUUUUUCAGCAGGGGGUCGGUCCACUGUCCCUCAGACCUUGUGGGGGGCCAGACUAUAUUUUUGGGGGGAAACGAAUGAAUUCCUAUGCCCCACAAAUAACCCAGAGAUGCAUUUUAAAUAAAAGCCCACAUUCUACUCAUGUAAAAACAUGCUGAUUCCCGAACCGUCCGUGGGCCAGAUUCAGAAGGCGAUUGGGCCAGAUCCGGCCCCCGGGCCUUAGUUUGCCUACCCAUGCUCUAACCAACUGAGCUACCCUGUCUGGGAAGCCUGAGGGUUGUGCCUUUUUCCCCCUUACCACUGAUCAAGCAGAGCCCAGUUUUCAGAUAUGGAGGCAAGACUUGAGACACCUAUUUUUAGAAACUAGUCGCUGCCACAAACUAACCUCAUGCAGCUCUCUAGUGCAUAAUGUGCACCUUGCCUAAGGAAGGGGUGGUGGUGGCGACCUAUAUUUGUUCUGACUCCUCCUCCUCUCUCCUUCCAGUGUUUCUGGCUCAGAUGUUGGGCGGGCCGCCCUUGUUUUGCCUCCUGCCAAAUUCCUUGCUCCGUCUGGCAACAGAGCUCGCCAUGGCGCGAGAAGACGCUGGGUCACUGCCCAUCCUGAAGCUACUCUUGGUCGGAGACAGCGGAGUAGGAAAAUCCAGGUGCAUGGGAAGUGGGGGAGGGGAGGCACACUGAGGGGGCUGGGGAGAAACUGCUCCAGUUGGAGAGAGAGAAAGAGAGAGAGAGAGAGAGAGAGAGAGAGAGAGAGAAGCAAGUCCCAGAUUGUCUCUGCAACUCACCUCUUUCUCCUUGUCUCCACCCACAGCCUUCUGCUGAGAUUCACUGAGGAUCAGUUUGAGCCCUACUUGAACCCAACCAUUGGUGAGCAUCACCUGGCUGCCCCUGUUCUCUGGAAAGAGAGGGGGGUGGAACUUGCCCUCUGUUGUGGGCAUUUGGGUUCCCCUCCAUUCCUCCUUGGAAGCCCGGGAUUCAAAUGUCACCAUCUCUUAACACAGGUCCUGUCCGCAGCUCCUGGCUUCCCUGCCCCCAAAGAACCCUGGGAACUAUAGUUGCAAUUCUCAGCACCCUUCACAAACUAGCAUUCCCAGGAUAUUAUUUUUUUCCAGAGGAAGACAGACGUAGGGUGCGGCUGUGCUUGACAGUCUCAAUACACUGGCUCCCGGUGGGGUACAGGAUCAGGUUUAAGCUUCUGGUUUUAACCUUUAAAGCCCUGUACGGCCUAGGACCCUCGUACCUAUGGGACCGCCUCUCCUGGUAUGUCCCACAGAGGAACUUACAGUCUUCAAACAAAAACAUCUUGGAGGUUCCAGGCCACAGAGAGGUUAGGCUGGCCUCAACUAGAGCCAGGGCUUUUUCGGCUGUGGCUCCGAUCUGGUGGAACGCUCUGCCACAAGAGACUAGGGCCCUGCGGGACUUGACAUCUUUCCGCAGGGCCUGCAAGACAGAGCUGUUCCACCAGGCCUUUGGCCAGGGCGCAGCCUGACUCCCUCCUUUGGCAAUCUUCACAGAACUCUAGCCCAAUGGUUGCCAUCAAGUUGAUUUGAAUUAAUUUUAUAAUGAAAUAAUUUUAGAAUGUUGUAUUAUUUUAUUGUUGUUAGCCGCCCUGAGCCCAGCUUCGGCUGGGGAGGGCAGGAUAUAAAUAAAAAAAUAUUAUUAUUAUUUAUUAAUGAGUGGCCUUAGCCAAGCUGCUGUGAGCUCAGCUCCAGCCUUCUAUCUUCUGUACAGAAUCAUAGAGUUGGAAGGGGCACCCAGGGUCAUCUAGUCCAACCCCCGCAGUGCAGGAAUUCUGCCCCUAGCUGUCCCUGGGUGCAGGUGUAAAAAUAGUGUCCUGCUUUAACAGAGAUGUUGCGGGUUAUUCAUUCAUUCAUGCAUAAUGUUUAUUUAUUCAUAAUAUUUAUAAUUUUUCGAAGGGUUGUGGCUCAGUUGCCAGAGCAUCUGUGUGCAGAAAGGUCCCCGGAUUCAAUUUUUGGCACCUCUUGGUAGGGCAGAAAAAAACUCCUGCCUGAAAUCCUGGAGAGCUGCUGUCAGUCUGUGUAGACAUUACUGAGCUAGACUGACCAAGUCUGUGACUCGAUAUAAGGCAGCUUCCUAGAGCCAGUGUGGUGUAGUGGUUAAGAGCGGUGGACUCGUAAUCUGGUGGACUAGGUUCGAUUCCCUGCUCCUCCACAUGCAGCUGCUGGGUGACCUUGGGCCAGUCACACUUCUCUGAAGUCUCUUAGUCUCGCUCACCUCACAGAGUGUUUGUUGUGGGGAGGGAAGGGAAAGGAGAAUGUUAGCCGCUUUGAGACUCUUUAGGGUAGUGAUAAAGCGGGAUAUCAAAUCCAAACUCCUACUACUCCUACUUCUAUGUUUAAGUGUAUAUUUAUUAUGUUUCUGUUCUGCCCUUCCUCCAAGGAGUUCAAGCGGCCUACGUGGAGCUCCCCACACACAAAGCACACCUCCUUUCAUCCUCACAACAACCUUGCGAGGUGGAGAGCAAGUGGCCCAGAGGCACCCGGCAACAGCUUCCAGGGGCUGGGAGGGGAUUUGAACCCUGGGUUCCCCAAACCACAUCCCGCAACUUGAGUUGCUGCAACAUGCUGGCAAAUGUAGGAAGGCCAGGUGAAAAUCAAGUGCGAGCUUCUAGCCUAUGCACUCUGCAACACUAAAUGUACAGUGGUACCUUGGGUUAAGUACUUAAUUCGUUCCGGAGGUCCGUUCUUAACCUGAAACUGUUCUUAACUUGAGGUACCACUUUAGCUAAUGGGGCCUCCCGCUGCCGCCAUGCGAUUUCUGUUCUCAUCCUGAGGUAAAGUUCUUAACCUGAGGUACUAUUUCUGGGUUAGCGGAGUCUGUAAUCUGACGCGUAUGUAACCUGAAGGAUAUGUAACCCGAGGUACCAAACUGUUUAGAAACAGAGAUAUUGGAACAACCGCUGUUUUGGAAGCUCCUCUUUCUUUUAUUUUUUAUAAUAAUAUUUUAUUAUUUUUCUCCAAAUAAAAAGUUACAUUUGCUACUCAACAAAUAACUUUUUAUACAGACUAGAAAUGGUUUCCAGCCUCCUUUAAAAGAUUCUGAAUUUGUGUCUUAUCAGUGCUGUCUAUUCUGCCAUCUCUGCAGUCACCAUAUUCCAACUGUUCUUCCUUGGAGGGUGUUCUCUCCUCCUUCCAUUUCUGCGCAUAGAGAACCGCAUAUUACAUAAAUACCGUUGAGGCAUCUCUUUCUGAAAGCGAAGCCUCGUUUACUAAUCUGGCGUGCACAGAGUUUGAAUGCGGUCGUGCGGCGCUGGGGACAAUUUGUGCGUGUUCAGAGGCACUUUUCCGAUCGGCUGCUGCAUACAGUGGUACCUUGCUUCAGGUUACAGACUCCGCUAACCCAGAAAUAGUGCUUCAGGUUAAGAACUUUGCUUCAGGAUAAGAACAGAAAUUGUGCUACGGCGGCAACGGGAGGCCCCUUUAGCUAAAGUGCUGCUUCAGGUUAAGAACAGUUGCAGGUUAAGAACAGACCUCCGGAACGAAUUAAAUACUUAACCUGAGGUACCACUGUACUUCGUUCCAGUCCUGGCCCUGGAUCAGCUCGAUCCAUUUUGCCACUCAUUUUGCUCCUCAGCGAUGGCAAAGGGCACUCUGGGAUUGUACGCUGCCUUGCUGGCGCUCUAAAUGCUCUCCUGCCCCAGGCCACCACCUGACUUGCAAGUCCAGGCAGGGAGACUCAAAUAGAGCUAUGCCUACCAGCAUUAACCAGCCUCUCUGUGUGGAUCAUGCAAGGACAGGGAAUCUCCUCCUCUGGGCCUCUUUCCUUCAUAGGCCAUCUUCCAGGGGCCACAUAUCAGUGGAGCAGGGGCAGGGGGGUUGGAAAAGCAGGUCUGAAGAGACCACUUCUCCAUCCAAACAAGCAAGAGGCACCACUUCUCCAUCCAAACAAGCAAGAGGCCCCCUCACAUUUAUCUGUUUGAACAUUUUAUUUCGAUUUCCUCCUGUUGGAAUUGCUAUGCCUGCCACGCGGCAUCCGAUAAGCCCUCUCCAAAAACAGGUGGGUCUGCUCUGACGCCUCUCUUUCUCUCCUCUGUCUCUCCCCAGGUGUUGAUUUCAAAGUGAAGAAGAUGGUGCUUGGUGACUUUCCCGUGCAACUCGCAAUAUGGGUAAAUAGUGCCUUUUCUCUCCGUUGCAAACCAGGCUGCUGGUACUUUUUUUCUCUUCCCAUCUGGUGCUGAAGUGACUUCAAAGCAGUCCAUUACAAUCUAGUGCAGCCUCGUGCGAUGGCCCCUCUGGAAUUUGUCACACGCGCAGACAUACACACGAAUUUGUAAAUCUGUCUGUGCUUGGCUACCCAGAGCUCAAAUACAUGGCCUUUUGCACACCCUUUCAAACACGUGCUUGGGAGAGGAUCCCUAACAUGGCAGAGAGAGAGACAGACAGAUACACACACACACAGAGAGAGAGGGGGGGGGACCUGAAAUAUAGGACAAGCUUUAACAAUACAGGACAUGGCAGCCAUUUUAUUUUCUGCACACAUGGGGCAUGUUUUUUUUUUCCUAGUGAAAAAUAAAGAAAGGCUUGGGUGGGUUUGUUUGUUUGAUUGAUUGAUUGAUUGAUUGAUUGAUUGUUUGAUUUAAAAAUGGCUUUGAGAAAAAGUGAGGUGUUGUUUUGUGAGUGUAGUUCUACCUUCUAAGAAAGCAGAGCAGCAGCCAUAUCCUGACUCGGGUGCUAAAACUAUUCGUGCCUGUACAAAUAGCCCAAUAUAAGACUGCUGGGUCUGCUCUCCAGCAGAGUGUUUGUGUUUCAGAUCUAUGAGGGGAGACACUUGUGACACUUCACUAGCCUGACUCAUCUCUGCUUCUUGGCCUCCCUCCUCUCCUAUAGAUUCAGAUUCUCUGCCAGAGACUUGCCCUGCUCACUAAACCCUGUUACCUCUUCAGCUUCCGACCUCUCCUCUUCCCAGCCUUCUCCCUCCUUGUCAUCCCACCACCACUCCUCGGGCUCUAAGCCCUCUUGGGGGUUCCCCAACUAGUUCCUCCCACCAUUCCUCUGCUUCCAACCAGUCUCAUGACAUCUCCCCAGGCCCUGUUUUCCUGGGAUGUCCCUAUGGAAGGCAAUUGGGUCCUGGGGCUGGCAGUGGCGGGUGUGUGUGUGGAGCUAUUAGUUUAUGUUGGUGCUAGGUAAAAGUAAAGGGACCCGUGACCGUUAGGUCCAGUCGUGGCCGACUCUGGGGUUGCGGCGCUCAUCUCGUUUUAUUGGCCGAGGGAGCCGGCGUACAGCUUCCGGGUCAUGUGGCCAGCAGGACUAAGCCGCUUCUGGCGAACCAGAGCAGCGCAUGGAAAUGCCGUUUACCUUCCUGCUGGAGCGGUACCUAUUUAUCUACUUGCACUUGAUGUGCUUUCGAACUGCUAGGUUGGCAGGAGCAGGGACCGAGCAACGGGAGCUCACCCCGUCGUGGGGAUUCGAACCGCCGACCUUCUGAUCAGCAAGUCCUAGGCUCUGUGGUUUAACCCACAGCGCCACCCGCGUCCCUUACGUUGGGGCUACAGAGCUUUAAAUGGUCUCUUUGUUCUAAACACCUUUGUUUCCCUUUCCGUAGGACACGGCAGGGCAGGAGCGAUUCCGGACUUUAACUCCUAGCUAUUACCGAGGUGCUCAAGGUAUAAUUUUAGGUACGUGGCAGGCAUAGCGGGUUUGUAAUUAGCAGAAUUCUGAAGUGAAAUGCAUUAAGACAGAGGUAGGUGGAAGUACACACUUUUCUCUAUGGUUUGAGCUGGCACUGGCAGAUGUCGAACAGCAAUUAAUGCUGCCUCGCAUCCAUGCCACUAAGCCAAGGGUUGGCAAUGGUUGUUCCCUUGGCAGAGAGCCUCUACUUCUUGAAAAAUUUUCAGACAUAAAGGCUGAAGGCGUUUCAGCUUGGCUUCUGAGACAUUUCCAUUUGACAUUGGUUUUAGGCCAUAGAGUAAAUAGCCUUUCCGGCCUUUUCCCAAAGAAAACAGAGACCCCCUCCACCCAGUUGCAUUUUCACCUUGCUGAAAUAUUCUCACAGGUUCCUUUUAAAGUGUAUGUCGGGGGGGAGUUUAAAAGUUCCAAAAGCGAUUCAGUCAUGCAAGGUUAAACUGCAGCAAUAGGUGUGCCCGUGACUUUCACAAAACCGCACUCCUUACAGUUUUGUUUAUUUAAAGCAUUUUUUAUCUUCCUUUCAGCCAAAAAUACUCCCCAGAGUGGCUUGCAGAUCAAUAAUUUAAAAAAACAACCAAGGCAAUCCAUGCCCUCGGGCUUACAAUCUAAAGGGCAUGGCACAAAAGGAAAAAGGGAUGUGGAGGGUGGAAGAGGACCGUAAGCUAACUCAGAGAAGUCAAAGAUGUCACAAAGAGGUGAAUGGGAACAGGAGAAGCAAAGGUUUUCAAGCGGGCAAAGGUUAUUAAGAUUGGUGACCCAAUACUCAGAAAGCUGUGGGUUAAACCACAGAGCCUAGGACUUGCCGAUCAGAAGGUUGGCGGUUCGAAUCCCCCCAACGGGGUGAGCGCCCGUUGCUCGGUCCCUGCUCCUGCCCACCUAGCAGUUCGAAAGUACGUCAAAGUGCAAGUAGAUAAAUAGGUACCGCUCCAGCGGGAAGGUAAACGGCAUUUCCGUGCGCUGCUCUGGUUCACCAAAAGUGACUUAGUCAUGCUGGCCACAUGACCCAGAAGCUGUACGCUGGCUCCCUCAGCCAAUAAAACGAGAUGAGCACCACAACCCCAGAGUCGGUCACGACUGGACCUAAUGGUCAAGGGUCCCUUUACCUUUACCUACUCAGAAAGCACACAUUCACACCAUUCACUAUAGUACCACUCUGAACAGUCAUGGCUUCCCCCAAAGAAUUCUGGGAGCUGUACUUUGGUUAGGAAGGCCCCCUGUUCCCCUCAUAGAGCUGUUAUCCCUAGAGUGGUUUAACAGCCAAUCCCUUUUCACAGGAAACUUUGAGAACUGCAGCUUUGCAGAGCAGAAUCCUUCAAGCUGAUGUCACCAGCUGUUGGAAUGAUGUCAGCUGACUGACAGGCGAUCGUAAUUUGUGAGGUGGACAGCCUCACAGAACCCCCUGACAGGCCAAGACUGGGGAAACAGCAGCUGCUUCUCCUCCCCGUUUUGCUCUUUUCAUGUGAACACAAAAUGCAUCUGAGUGAGGAAAGACCUGUUUGUUUUUGUCCCUCCUGACCAGUUUAUGACGUCACUAAGAGGGAAACUUUCGCGGGACUGGAAUGCUGGCUGCAAGAGCUGGAUGUUUUCACGAAGAAAAGCGUCGUGAAGAUGUUGGUGGGCAACAAAAUCGACGAGGUCAGUUGGGAGCUGGGAGCCUGCUCGUUUUAUUUAUUUGAAAGCAUUUAUCUUUUUUUAAAAAAAUAAUAAUCCCUAAGCAGUGUACAGCCUGAAAGACAAGCAAGAUAUCAUUAGGACAUUAAAACUAUCCGCCAUGGGGGUAAGUGCAAAGUCAUGGGGAAUUUGUGUAUGGCAUUUGUUUCUUAGAAUGGUGGUGUUGUUCUGGCCGGCCCCCUGUGGUGAAGCAUUGCAAAAAAGAUCACAUUCACCUUUAUUUUUUAUUAUUCCCACACGGUCCGGCCACAACAUCCUAAGCCAGGGAUGAGGAACAUGUAGCCUUGCAGAUGUUGGUGGACUGCAACAAUCCAUCACCCCCUGGCUGUUUGCUCUGCUGACUGGGGCUGAGUCCACCAACAUCUUCAGGGCUGCAGGUUCCCCAUCAAAUGGCCCCCGAGAGUCACACUUGAUCUUGCAGUUCCUGUUUUAUUAGUGACAUGAAUGCUGAAAUAUACUUGGAGUCGAGAGUGGAUUUCACGUUCUUUAUUCAGCUCGUAGUGGUGAGGAGGAAAAGGGAAGUUCCCCCAGAAUGUCUGCUUUAUAUACAUUAUUUACACAAUGGGCCCCACGUGAUUGGCUAAUUCCGGGGUUCUCUUGUAGGCCAAUCAGGUUGCAGAUUCGCUUCCACCUGGAGCUGGAUUGGGUGGCUCCUGUGGACCAAUCAGACUGCUGCAUUCUGGGUCCUAUUGUUCUAGGACCAAUCAGACUGCUGCAUUCUGAAUCCUAUUGUUCUAGGACCAAUCAGACUGCUGCCUUUUGGAUCCUAUUCAACUUAGUACAUAACAAAUGCUAAAGAAGAUGGUGGGCCUAAAGAGCGAGUGUUGCUUCACCUGUGGCUCUAGAUUACAAUUGCCCAUCACUGAAUUGUCAAGUUGGGUGGGACUCCAAGGGCCAUCUAGUCCACCCCCUUGCAAUGCAGGAAUCUCAACCAGAUCAUACAUGACAGGUGGCCACACAACCUCUGCUUUAAAAUCUCCCAAGGAAAGAGAGCCCACCACCUCCCGAGGGAGACCAUUCCACUGUCGAACAGCUCUUGCCAUCAGAAAUUUCUUCCUGAUAUUUAGUCACAAUCUCCUCUCUUGUGACUUGAAGCCCUUGGUUUGGGUCCUGCUCUCUGGAACAGGAGAAAACAAGUUUUCCGCAUCCUCCAUGAAGAUGGCUAUCAUAUCUCCUCUCAGUCUCUUCUCCAGGCUAAACAUGCCCAGCUCCUUCGACCGUUCUUCAUAAGGCUUGGUUUCCAGACCCUUGAUCGUCUUGGUCGCCCUCCUCUCUGCACGUCCCAGCGUGUCAAUAUCCUCCUUAAAUUGUGGUGCCCAGAGUGUAUGAAAGCAGGGCUCUGUGCGCAGCAGCUAACAAGUACUGGAAGAGCUGGAAUACAAGAACCUCCUGGGGACCUUUGGCACCCCGCUGCUUCUCGUUUGCUCAUCUUGUCGUUGCUGACCAAGAACGCCUGUCCUAGGACUGCAGCCUGAUGGGGCUUUUCUGCUUCCGGGUCUACAAGAGGGUCAGGGGAGAAAAUACCAAGAGAUGCAAAUGUUUCAUUGGAGAGAAGGAGGAGAGCAGGUGCAGAGAGACCUGUGGUGGUGCAAGGAGGGAAAAAUACGGGGUUAUUUGAGAAAUGGGGAUGCAGGAAGGAAGAAACCGGAGGAAGUGCCUGAGAGUCGGAGGCGCACAGAGGACUGUGGUUGUGCAGAGAGGAUGGUGUCCAGUGGAAAAAAGAGGGAUGGUUUUGAGGGGGAGCAUUUGCUCUGGGCUGCAGAGGGAACACAAGGAGGCUGUUGGAGAAUGGAUAGGUUCUAAUUUAAAAGAAAGGGACGCAGGUGGCACUGUGGGUUAAACCACAGAGCCUAGGACUUGCCGAUCAGAAGGUUGGCGGUUCGAAUCCCCGCGACGGGGUGAGUUCCCAUUGCUCGGUCUCUGCUUCUGCCAACCUAGCAGUUUGAAAGCACGUCUAGUGCUAGUAGAUAAAUAGGUACCACUCCGGCAGGAAGGUAAACAGCGUUUCUGUGUGCUGCUCUGGUUCGCCAAAAGUGGCUUAGUCAUGCUGGCCACAAGACCCGGAAGCUGUACACCAGCUCCCUCGGCCAAUAAAGCGAGAUGAGCGCCGCAACCCCAGAGUCGGUCACGACUGGGCCUAAUGGUCAGGGGUCCCUUUACCCUUUACCUAAUUUAAAAGAGGCCAUGUGCAUUUCACGUCUGCUGAUGGUUAAUGCGGGCUGCCUGCAGGCCCUGGUAUAGCUGACGUGCAGGCCCCGUUAAUGGCUAGAGCAAAAGGAUUCAUGAGGCUGACAGCAAUGGCUUCCACUCUCCGCCUCUCUGCAUCCUUCCAGAGCCUUGUCCCAGCCUGCAGGGGUCUGCCUCUUUGCUCCUGUUGUUGUUGCCUGCCUAUGCCUCCUACGCUUUGCCAGAGGCACCAGCUGACUCCAUACCUCAUCUUCCUGGGAAAGACCUCUCCCUCUUGCUCUGCCUUAAUGGGCAAUCUGUUUAGUCUUUUGAGAGCCCCUUGUUUUUCGUUGCUGUUUUUCAUAUGUGUGUGUGUAAAUUGCUGGAUUUUUCUGUGGCUUCGGGACUCCCACCCCCACAACAAGAAAAAACAGCUCACAGAGCAAAGAGACAGCCACGUCACGGCUCUUGCUGAUACCGGCUGUCUUUUUCUGGCUCUUUCUUCCCUCUUGCUUCAUUGUACAUCUCUGAAGCGAAUUGUUCCAUGAACAAAAUGUGGGCACUAAAAAAACAACAACAACCGUGAUUGAUUCGUGGUGCGCGGCGCCUCGCCUCUCAAAGUUGUUAUAAAGGCAGAGAGAAGCAAACACACAAGCAAAAGCCCCUGGGGUUGUUCGCCAUCCAUCAGAUCUUUGCUAUAGCUGCGCAGGAGGCAUACGUAAUUUGCAGCAGGAUCAAAUGCAAAGGGGAAGCAGCUCUUCUGCUUGGCAGCAGAAGCUGAAUUUGCACGGCACUGAUUGGCACAAGGACCAGCCAGUCAAGAAGCACUUCUCCUCGUCUGGCAACGCUGAUUUGCUGGCCCUCGUGUUAAUCACAAAGCCAGCUGGCCAUUCCCCAAGCAGUUCCACAAGUGUAAAGGGGGCGGAGAGGGGCCUUUAACAAAUUACCCUGCCUAAAAUUCCUUCUUGACCCCACACAAUGCAGUUGGCUAGACAUUCCGUGCAAAACAAAUUUCACCCCGAACAUUCAUUAAACACAUGUCAAUUCCGGAGGUCAUCAGUGCAGAAAGCGAGAGAUACUUGUGAGGUGUCCAGAAUUGGCUUCAGAGGGCAGUAAGCAGGGAAGGGAGUACAAGCUGUCUUCUGUCUCUCUGGAUUUGAGUCUUUAAUUGAUGCAAUUAAGACCCAGAGCCAUCUCUGGGUCGCUUUGUGCAUGCAAAAAAGGGAAUCCCAGGCUGGCGUUUGGCUAGGUCGCAGAUCGUUGUGUUUUUAAAUCGGCAUCAGCCUCAGAAAUAACAGCCCUGCUAUUGUUUUAUCCAAGGAUGGGGGAAAGGCAAUUCGAGAACCCUUGUUCUCUUCUCCCUUUCAAUCACCGACAAAACAGAGGCAAAAAUGCAUUCAUGAGCAUCAGUUAUCCUAAUCAAGAUAAAGCUUAUUAAAUGCAAUGUUGGUAUCAUUUGGAGAACUCUUAGGAAAGAUGCCUUGGGGUUGGGCAGGGGCCGGGGUGCAACAUAAUUACUGUUGACAAUUCUGUUGCCCUGUCCCUCUUGUUCCAGCAUUUGACAGUUUGGAAUUUAGCAGCUAAAACCUUCAAAUGCUGUCAAAACUGAGGGAUGGCAGCUGAGCUGUUAAGAUAAUCUAGCUGGACAUUUACUGAUUCAGUAGGAAUGCAAUAUGCUGAUUUGGUGUGUGUGUGUUUGUGUGUUUAUACAACCCACCACUUGGGUCCAGUGUCUGAUAACAUUCUCUCCCUAUCUAUAGACGGAUCGUGAGGUAGACAGAAAGGAAGGCUUGCAAUUUGCUCAGAAACACUCCAUGCUCUUCAUAGGUAUGUGAAGAGAACCCACAGAAGGGGCUGGCUGGUAUACCAAGGUUGAAACAGGGGAAUAAUAAUAAUAAUAAUAAUAAUAAUAAUAAUAAUAAUAAUUUUAUUUAUACCCCAGCCACUCUGGGCAGCUUCCAGCAAAAUAUACAAACGUAAUAAAAUGUCAAGCAUAAAAAACCUUCCAAUAUGGGCUGCCUUCAGAACAUAUUGGAGCAGUCACCUUUCUGUUGGGCCCAUCCAUGUGUCUUAAAGAGCAAUAUUGCAUGCAGAAAAUGAGCAGGUAAAUCCAUGUUCCCCUCCAAGCAAGAAAAGGGUUCACGUGCUCCGUGUCUGCUUGCAAGACUGCUGUUCAAGACACAGAGAUGGCAGCAGUAAAAGGAAGGAAGAUCCCCCAGAUGUUGGACUACAACUCCCAUCAUCCCUGAGCUCUGGCCUUGCUAGCUAGGGGUGAUGGGAGUUGUAGUUCAACAACAUCUGGGGACCCACAGGUUGAGAAAGGCUGCUAGAGUGAGUCAGACUCAUUGCUCCAUCUAGCUCAGUAUUGUCUACAGUGAGUGGCAUUUGCUGUCUGGGGAUUCAGGCCAGGAACUUCUUGUAGAUGCAGGGUAUCCUAGUUGGGAACAUCUGGAUGCAAAGCAGCUGCACAGCUCUUCUUCUUUGUGUCUGUUUAGGCGAUCCUAUUGGCUGUGGCAACAGAUUUCUCAAAAUUAGCAGAACCCACAAACAAGUUUCCAUCAGCUCCUCCCAUAAACCCCCCUGGUGAACCACACUGUGGAUACAAUUCCCUUUCACAGCAUUUCAACUGCGCAGAAAUAAACCAAAGCAUCGAUUUACCUUGUACAAAGAGAGGCCUGCUCUUUCAGGGAAAUUUCUCUGCUCUUUAGUACUUAAUAUUUCUUUGUACAAACGUGGGCACAUGCAUUUAACAAAGAAGAACCACUACAGAUCUUUUAAAAAUCCACGAUUGCUCCUUGCUUUUGCCACAUGAGGGCAUUAGGCAUAACUAACUAACUACACAACAGCUACUAACAGAAACCCCUUUAGGGACGUAGUCUAAACCACUGAGUCUCUUGGGCUUGCCGAUCAGAAGGUCAGCGAUUCAAAUCCCCACAACAGGGUGAGUUCCCGUUGCUCUAUCCCAGCUCCUGUCAACCUAGCAGUUCAAAAGCACGCCAGUGCAAGUAGAUAAAUAGGUACCACUGUGGCGGGAAGGUAAACAGCAUUUCCGUGCACUCUGGUAUCCGUCACAGUGUCCCGUUGCGCCAGAAGCGGUUUAGUCCUGCUGGCCACAUGACCUGGAAAGCUGUCUGUGGACAAACGCCGGCUCCCUAGGCCUGAAAGUGAAAUGAGCGCCGCAAGCCCAUAGUCACCUUUCACUGGACUUAACCAUCCAGGAGUCCUUUACCUUUUUACUUUUUUAGAAACCCCUUUAGAAAAUGGAUGUUAAAAAAGUCUUUACCCCUGCUUCAACUGCCCAGACUUUUCUUCUCUGCUAUUUAUCUACGCUGUUUCAGAAUAAAUUCAUUUAGAAAAGAUCAAAUGAAUACAAAGCCUGAUUUAAUUUACAGUAAGGCAAUCGAUUGGGACGCGGGUGGCACUGUGGGUUAAACCACAGAGCCUAGGGCUUGCUGAUCAGAAGGUCGGCGGUUCGAAUCCCUGUGACGGGGUGAGCUCCUGUUACUUGAUCCCUGCUCCUGCCAACCUAGCAGUUCGAAAGCACGAAGUGCAAGUAGAUAAAUAGGUACCGCUGUGGCGGGAAGGUAAAUGGCAUUUCCAUGCACUGCUCUGGUUUGCCAGAAGCAGCUUAGUCAUGCUGGCCACAUGACCCGGAAGCUGUACACCGGCUCCCUCGGCCAAUAAAGCGAGAUGAGUGCCACAAUCCCAGAGUCGGCCACGACUGGACCUAAUGGUCAGGGGUCCCUUUACCUUUAAGGCAAUCGAUGGGCCCUGCAUUCCUAUGGCUCCUGGGAAGCUGUCCCAGGUGGGAGUCAUAGGAGCCCCAGAUCACUGUUCUUCAUAACUUCUGCGCCGAUUUGCUGUCUGAUUUCUGCCUACUGCAUCCAUCCCCAGUUAAGUUUAAAUACAGAAGUGGGAGCAAUGAGUUGAGAGGGGAUUUUCCCCUUGCACUGGAGACUUCUGCAGUUUAGCAGCUCGUAUUUCGUAUUUUUGGUGCCUAGUACUAACACCACUCUGAAUGCAAACUGGAACUCUGCAAAGCCUAGGUCCUCACAUUUCAAGCAGUGCAUUGCUGUUUGUUUUUGCCUAGAGACCAGUGCUAAAAUGAAGGAUGGCGUGGAAACUGCCUUUGAGGAAGUCGUGAUAAAGAUCCUGCAAACACCAGAACUUUGGAACAUCAGAAACGAAGGCGUUGUGCUGGCGCCUGAGAGCAGAGCCCCUAAUACAGCCGACGCCUGCAGUGGGCAUUGUUCUGUUGCUUAAAACCCGACGCCUUCAAAUAAAAUAGCUCAGGUCAAACAUACUUAAGAAA